AUGCCCGAAAAAGAGCUGGAACUACUGUUGAACCCGCCUCAAGAGGUAUUCAACCAGCUCAUCGACAAGGUAUGGCGUGGACGGGAAUUCGAAGUAAUGUUUUCAAGUUAAAAAGUUCACCUCAACUUUCAGUCGGCUGCCUCAGACGGAUGGGCUCAUCAACCGUACGACUAUCAGUUUUGGCGUCAAAAUUUCGCGGGCUUCUGGUUUUUCGCUAUUGUCGAGAAAGGUUUUAGGGAAAAACGGCUGGGGUCGUGGACCGUAAAGAUCAGUGCCAGUUUGCAAUAAACUUGCGUGUCCUAUUACAAACAUGAAAGUUUAGACUAAUCGCGAAACAGACGAAAUUAAUAGAUGACGAGCUUUUUCUUGAAUUUUCCCUUCCACAUCUCUAAUUUCUCUAUCGAUUUUUUCCGUUUUGCGAUUGUUUUUGUGCUCCGUACUUGAUGAUAAACCGUGGUCAAGUUUUCAAGUUUAUAUAGUUACGAUAACUUGCAGACACUCAAAAUCUGGUCGUCGGAGCGUGUCUGGCGCGUUGGGACCAGAAAAAUGGAGGCCGACCACUUUUCUCGAUCGGAUUAUACUAUUGUGUGGAAGAGUAUCGAGGAGACGGACAUGGCUCCACGAUUUUCAAAGCGGUUAUGGAUAUUAUCGGAGAUUCGGACGCGUGUCUGACCGGAUGUCAGUAUGACUAUUGUAGUAGCUUCCAAAAACAACUUUUUUUCCCCGGUUCAGCCGUCGAUAUGGUCGAAAAAUAUGCAAAGAGUUACGGUUUCGACAAAAUGCAACCCUACUGGUACUAUCAUAGCACUAUUCGGAUGAGCGAUUUGAGAAUCCCGACCGAAAUUGCGAAUGACGUCAUCACCAAAGUUUGUGAACAAAAAUGCUCUCGAAAACUGAUAUUAUCGGUUUCAGAAUUGGAGAGAAGUGGAUGAGAAUGCACUGGAAGCGUACGAUUUGACCAUUUGUCCGCGUGACCGAAAGACAAUCAUGAGAUCUUGGUUUGAGAUGGAUCAAGUUUAUACUCGGGUGAGAAAUUUUGAAUUUUUCAGCCAAAUUCAGUGUGAAAACGUUAUUUCAACAUUCAAAUAGCCUAAAAUCAGCUUUGUCGUGAAAUUUGGUGCAUCCGCGGUGUUUGCGGACCGGGCACCAUAUCUUACGACACUUUGUGUUUUUGGGCUCGAAUUUUUUGUAGAUUCUCAAUAUUCAGGUGGCUUUCGACGAAAAAGGAACAAUAGUUGGCUACGGAACAAUUCGAGUUGUGAACCUGAACCGCCUGUGUGCCUGCCCAUUCUACGCGGAAAAUCUGAUGGUUGCGGAACGACUAUUAUCGGAUAUUCUCUCGGAAAUUCCAAACGUCACCUCCUACGAAAAUCUAUUCUUCUGGCAUCCGGAAAUCAAUGAAAACGCGACAAAGUACGCGUUUUGUCUGAUGAACAAUUUUUUCACGAACGAACCUUUUUCAGACUAUUCAAACAAUUUUCAAAGGACGGAAGAUUCACAAUGGAAAAAGAUUUCAAGACGCAGUUCCGGAACACGUUGAUUAUUGUGACUCCCGAUGAAAAAGUGUACUCGGUGGCCGAUAGUACUCAUCAAUUUGUUUAA